UUCACAAGAAGAGAUGAGACAGACAGACAGUAGACACGACCACGACAUGAAUAUUUGUGAUUUGCGAAGACCCCAACUUCAAAAAUCAAAACACACAAAAUACAUUCCUUAAAAUAUUUUUAGAUUCACUCACUCUUCAUCCCCACCGAAAACACCUCUCUCUCUCUCUCUCUCUCUCUUACAUGGCGUCAUACAAUAGAGGGGACGAUGACUAUGACUACCUAUUCAAGCUGGUUCUCAUCGGUGACUCUGGCGUCGGAAAAUCCAACCUCCUCUCCCGCUUCACCCGCAACGAGUUCAACCUCGAAUCCAAGUCCACCAUCGGCGUUGAAUUCGCCACCAGAACCAUCACCGUCGAUGAUAAUAAGGUCCUCAAGGCUCAGAUUUGGGACACUGCUGGCCAAGAAAGAUAUCGCGCAAUCACAAGUGCCUACUACCGAGGAGCGGUUGGUGCCUUACUAGUUUAUGAUGUGACCCGACAUAUUACAUUUGAGAAUGUUGAGAGAUGGUUGAAGGAGUUGAGAGAUCACACGGAUGCCAACAUCAUAGUAAUGCUGGUUGGCAAUAAAGCAGACCUGCGUCACCUUCGAUCCGUGUCUACCGAAGAUGCAACAGCAUUCGCCGAAAGGGAGAACAUCUUUUUCAUGGAGACUUCAGCCCUUGAGUCCAUGAAUGUUGACAACGCAUUCACCCAAGUCUUGACACAAAUAUAUCGUUUGAUGACUCGGAAAGCUCUCGAAGCUGGGAACGAUCCUGCAGGAUUGCCUCAAGGCCAAACGAUAAGUGUGGGAAACAAGGAUGAUGUUUCCGCUAUUAAGAAAGUUGGUUGCUGCUCUGACUGAAUUUGUAUGAAAAAUUCAAGCAUUUUCAUCUCAUUAUUCUCACCAUCCUUGUUCCUGAAACAUGUAAGUAUCUUGAUUAGUUGAUAUUAUUUCUCAUAUUUUUCUUAUCCACACUUGUAGUUAAUUUCCUUUAGUUUACUUUUGGCUUGACUGGAUCUGGUUGGUUGUAUUUCACAUGUAAAAACAAUCUCCUUAUACAAAGAUUAUUUAGUUCAUAAAAUAUAGUAUUAAGUAUUAUGAAUGUAACAAGUUUCCAACUUAAGAUCAUGGC